CCCUGCUCUCCUCUCUAAGUCUCAUGUCCUCAUUCGUGAAAUGAAGGUAAUAACAUCCUUUACGUCAUUGAAUUUUUGUGAAUAUCAAAUAAGAAAAGUCACAUAGGCUGUAGGCCUUGGUCCUUGCUGUCGAAAUGGGCAAAUUCAUGAAACCUGGGAAAGUGGUGCUGGUCCUGGCCGGACGCUACUCUGGACGCAAAGCCGUCAUCGUGAAGAACAUUAAUGAUGGCACCUCAGACCGCCCCUAUAGCCAUGCUCUGGUGGCUGGAAUUGACCGCUAUCCCCACAAAGUGACAGCUGCCAUGGGCAAGAAGAAGAUUGCCAACCGUUCAAAGAUCAAGUCUUUUGUAAAAGUUUAUAACUACAAUCACCUCAUGCCCACAAGGUACUCUGUGGAUAUUCCCUUGGACAAAACUAUCGUUAAUAAGGAUGUCUUCAGAGACCCUGCUCUUAAACACAAGGCCCGAUGAGAGGCCAAGCUCAAGUUUGAAGAAAGGUACAAGAUGGGCAAGAAUAAGUGGUUCUUCCAGAAAUUGUGGUUUUAGGUGUUUUUGUUUCAGUCAUUAAAAAUAUUAAA